ACUCAUGGAUUUCUUCAGCUUCAGCUAUCCCGAACCGCAAACGCCGACGAGGACUCCGGCUUCGUUCGACUUCCCCCGAAACUCGAGUCCAGCUUCUUCGAUCCGAGAGUGACCUGGGAUACCUCCGACCCUUAUGCCUCCAGUCCGGAGCUGCAUCGUACACCCCAGAGGUUCGGCCCCAACUCGACCUUGAAGGGACAGGCGAGUCAUGGGGAGAGCUACAAGGGGAGGGAUCAGAGGGCGGAAACCGAUACGGCUAGGCGGAUUCGUGCAGUGAGGCCGAACCAGAGUGCGAGCGAAGACUACCCUCCAAUGGGCUCGGCCAAGUCAGCGGCGUCGAUGCAAACACCCCCUCCUACCAGUGCGUCGAGGCGGAAGAUCCCCGAGUUCGAUGAGGUGGACGGCUCAGGGGGCAUGGGUCACUUGGAAACGCCGAGUCGUCUUCUGGGGGCGUCUCCUCGCAUGUUUGGCAACCUGCAGUCCUCGCCCGACUUGUUCCAGCUGGCUUCCUUGGAUCCCACGGGCUCUCCUUUCUUCCCACAGCAGCGGUUGUUCUGGGAUCAGGAUCUAGAAAACGCCGGUGAAGUUCCUCUGCCCAGCAACAAUGCCUUCGAUUCCCGUCAAAACUCCGACACACACCACAUUCCUCAGCUACCAACCAUCGAUAACUCAAUUGAUCUCCCUGAGUUUGGGAACGGGUUUGGGAUUUCGGCAGCACCGCCAACAGAUGCUGCUCUCUUCCCUGCUCCGUUCUCGACUUCUCCCCGGGUCCCGGUCACCAAGGCGGAGGAUCCAGCCUUGUUCCUGAGCUCUCCCGCCCGACGGUUUGGUGGUCCGCAUCUCACGCCGCAGAUGAGGACUCUGCAUGGCAUUCGGCAGCCCUACCACCACCAGGCGGAAGAGUCGAAACGGGAGGAGCUUCUCCGUGCUCAGGCACCAGACGGGCAGCGACCUCCAUCGUUUGUUGGUCUGAGCGAAAGCGAGGAGGAAGAUGACGAUUUUACACCGAGGGGCACACGACCAGGGCUGACCCGCAGUGUAACUCACACUGCUAUCACUAGCUCCCACCGGCCACUUAGCCAAGCUGGGGGUAUGAUGGCAUCCACGAGCGGGAUCCGCAAGAGCCCCUCCAAGGGGCGUUCGUCUCCGGCGAAAGGGAUGCGCCCUACCCCCUUGGCUCGGGCCAACUCGGUUGCCACGGGCUUGCCCACGCGUUCCUCGUCUGUGGUGCUUCGUAUUGGCCGGGAUGGCCGUGCAAAGGCUGAAAUGGAGCCUGUCGAUGAGGGUGCCACUGGAUUGACUGAUCCUCUGACUGGGAUGGAUCUUGAUGGCUCUGCAACCGAGAGUGAAGCCGACCCGGCUGAGUACUCAGAUUAUCCUGUUUUACACCGUGCCCAGUCUUCCUUUUCGAUCUUUGACCUCAACCGGCGUCCACUUUCCCGCAGCGAUUCCGGCUCUCGACCUCUUUCAAAGGGCUCAUAUGCUUCUACUGUCGGCUCUUCCCAUUCGGGUCGAAUGUCGCCUUGGGCUGGCUCUUCAAGAGGAGCCGGGCGAGUGAACCGCCGCGGAUCUCCUGAUAUCAAGCGGACCCCCAAGCGACACUCUUCUUUGCUUCACUCCGACUCUACCUAUACCCGGGGCAGCGCGGCAUCCGACUCGUUGCCCGGAGAGGACGACGAUAGUGGUGAUGCCACACAUGCACUCCGACAGGUCCUUAAAGAACGUGGCCGUGGGCCUAGACCUUCUUUGAAUACCUUUAACAACCGGCUUUCCCGAUCAUCCCAUACCUUCACUCACCUCCGGUCAUCCCCUCCGCGCCUCGGCAGCGAUUUCGAUAUUCACCCCAGACACAAUGCCUCUCCUACCACUCUGACCGACCCCGAUCUUGCCACACCCAGCACAGAUCGUCAUAGCAAUCCAAGCAAUGGUACACGAUGUGUCUGCCGCUCGAUGGAUAAUGGUGGCCAUCUCAUGAUUCAAUGUGAAUCAUGCACACACUGGCUACACACCAGAUGCGUCGGAUUGGAGCGAGCAAACUUGCCCUCUGUAUACGUCUGCGUCUUCUGUGCCCAAACACCAUCAAGACAGAAGCGCCGUGUCCGAACCUCUUACGUGCCCACGGGAAAUGCCCCUCCCUCUCCUUUGGCCCACAAGUCCUACCGCUUCCGGUAA